UGUGUUUGAUUGGGUUGGAGCUGAAAUCUGUAGGAAGGUAGCUCUCCAGGAGCAGGGUUGGAGACCACUGCACUAAGCAGUGUUAAUUUAACACUUAGGAUUUUACUGUGCAGUAUAAAGUCAAGUUUGUGAUCACAGAUUUAGAAACAGCAGAUGCUUAGUAUUACGUUGGAUCUGUCAGCACAGAGGUGUAAGCAUGUCGAAUCAAAUGGUAGUCAUGCAGCCACGGCCUGUUAUGGUCUUUAGUGAUUCUGAUCAGUGGGGGUCUGGUAUCUGUGACUGUUGUGACGACGUGCCUGAAUGUUGCUUUGCUUAUUGGUGUUUCGCGUGUUUCACGUGCAUAAAAGCAAAGAAAUACGGCGAGUGUUUAUGUCUCCCCCUGCUGGAUUUCUGUGGCAUCGUCCCACCCAUAACCAUGUCCAUAAGGGUCUCAAUGCGCCAGCGUUAUGGCAUUAAGGGUGACAUGUGUAAUGACUGUUUGGUGGCCACAUUCUGUAGACUCUGUGUUUGGUGUCAGAUGUCACGAGAGAUGAAAGCACGAGAUCUACAGAUCACUCUUGUUGGUGCCAGGAAUUUGUAAUGCGUUUGGAAACAGCUAUGCUGUCGUAUAAAUAAGAAUCUUGACGCACUGAAAAGGCAGAUGUUUAUUAAAAUAACUCCCUAACUGAAUCAUUUUUAUAUUGCAUUAAGAUGCUUAUAAUAAUGAAGAUUUUUGGUAAAAUUCCUGAUGUAAUUUGUGAUAACACAAGGAUGUUUAGGUUUUCUUUUUCUACAUGUAUUGUGUAUCUUUAAUGUCAGUUACUCAGUUUUUAAUCAGCAUCACUAAUAGCAUGACAAGUGUGAUCAGCUAAAUUAGAUGUGAUUGUGUUGUAUAUUUGUUACAAUAGUGAAUGUCACUGGUUAAAACAUAACUAUUAAAACAUUUCUGUUUUUGUCUUUUAAAGCUUAUUAAACAAUGCAGAAAUAAAUACUCUUUUUCAAAAUG